GAUCACGCUUUAACGCGUAAAACUGUAACUAUUAUAUUUUGAGAAAAUCGUAUCAACUGGCUAUUCUUACGGUCUUAAAAAUGAAUUCAAUGUUUCAAAAUAUCAGUUAUAAAUGAAAUGUGAAAGAAGUUUCCUUAACCGUACAAUUGGGAGUUAAUAUUUACAGAUAUUUUAGCAUAUUUUUCAUUUAUUAAAUUAGCAUAUCCUGAGUACACUUAUAUUUUUAUAAUUUUUUUUGAUUAAUAAAUUAUAUUAUAAUAUUGUAGGAUUAAAUCAGUCUAAAACCCGUUUUUUUUUCCUUACAUCAAUCAAAAUCGCGGUAAUAGUUAGAUAGACAUGUUCUAAAUGUAGAAUGAAAUUAAUAUUAUCCAAUUAAAUCAUUUUCAAAAAAUCAUAAUAAAUCAGUCUAAACGUUGCAAGCUGUCCUCGAUGGUAGAAAAUCAUUUUCAAAAAAGACAAAAAUCUGCAUUGUAAAAAAGUGCGACGAACUAAAGUUUAAGCAUUUAUAGCGACGAAUUGACAACAUUUCAACCAAUUAUAUAUACUCAACAUCCAUUCAUAAUUUCUUUCACAUCAUCUUCAAUCCUCUUUUUACCAAAAGAACUCAACACUUUACGAUGGAGAACCAAUGGACUUCUGGUCUUUGUAGCUGCAUGGAAGACGGCAAAACUGUUUGCCUUACAUGUUUCUGUCCGUGCGUCGCUUUUGGGCGGAUCGCUAAUAUUGCUGACGAAGGAAAUCACGGUUGUGGGGAAUGUGGGAUAUUUUACGGGCUGAUAUGUUGUGUGGUCGGGCUGCCAUGCUUGUUCUCAUGCACUUACCGGACCAAGAUCCGACGCAAAUUCGGGUUACCGGAGUCUCCAGCUUCGGAUUGUAUCACUCACUGCUUUUGUGAAAGUUGUGCCCUCUGUCAAGAAUACCGUGAACUCAAGAACCGUGGUCUUGACCCUUCUAUUGGAUGGAAUGAGCAUAUGCAACGGGCAACAUCUCCUCCUAUGGGUCAAUACAUGAAGAGUUGAUUCUAAAGUUUCAAGUUUCGCGAUAUGUUUUUUUUUAGUGAAUGGAUGAUUUAAAUUCAAUAAGUGGUUCAGAAACACAGCACCUUUAAGUGUGUUUUAAAGUAUUCAGUUUAAAUGAUUUCAGUUUUCUUAA